ACUGAUACCCAAACUUUCCCCUUCCUUUCUUCUCUCUAUAUUCUCAAUCUCCAUCUCCUUUCUCUUUCCCAAAGAUACACCAAGAAGAGAAGAACACUAAACCAGAGAUGGCCUCAAGAACCGCCACAAAGGACAUCAUCACCUUGAGAGGCUCCGCUGCCAUUGUUAGCGAGUUUUUCGGUUAUGCUGCUAAUAGUAUUCUAUAUAACCGUGGAGUUUACCCGGAAGAGAGUUUUGCAAAGGUGAAGAAGUAUGGGCUGCCAAUGCUUUUGUCACAGGAUGAGGGUGUGAAGUCCUUCAUCUCAAGUCUCACUUCUCAACUCUCUGAAUGGUUGGAGGCAGGGAAGUUGCAAAGGGUUGUGCUUGUGAUAAUGAGCAAGGCCUCAUCAGAGGUUUUGGAGAGAUGGAACUUCAACAUUGAGACUGAUGGUGAAGUUGUGGAGAAGGGAGUUGCAAGGGAGAAGAGUGAUAAGGAAAUUAUGAGAGAGAUUCAAGCGAUUAUGCGACAAAUUGCUUCUUCGAUCACUUACUUGCCUUGUCUUGAUGAACCAUGUGUGUUUGAUGUGUUGGCUUACACUGAUAAGGAUGUUGCUGUGCCAUUCACUUGGAUUGAAAGUGAUGCAAAAUUGAUCAAGAAUCCACAGAUGGUGAAACUUCAUUCUUUUGAUACCAAGAUACAUAAAGUGGACACACUGGUUUCAUACAAGAAUGAUGAUUGGGAUGAUCAGGAAUGAUUGAUUUUUUGUUUGUUAUUUUGACAAAGGAAUGAUUGAUGUAGUUUGAUCUUAGGAUUUGAUCUAAUUGUGUUUUGGUA